GUCGACAUCUGUCAACGAUGGGUGUAGUCCUUACCAGUGUUUUAUAUGUGGUAAUUUGUAAAUUCGGCGACGGUCAGUGCAACCAACAGUAGCACGUGCGAAGACGGGACUAUUUGUAUGUCAAUUUAGUAAGUUGAAUAUUGAGUGCAAAUAUAGAUUCUCGUGACUUAUUGCUCAGCUUGUCUUAUCGCGACGACCGUCAUAGCAGGCGCGUGGACUUUCGCCGAAGUGGAUAGAUCUGGGGUAGAUGUGUAUCAAAGAGAAUAGUGUGCAUAGUGGCACAACUCGUGUGGGACACACAGACACUUGUUCACACGUCAACAUCUUGUACUUCAGUGAGGUGAUGUGAGGGAAUGGUUAUGUGUUCCAGUGAUUUGAUUCUUCGUACUACGAUUAAAUAAGUUGAUUGCGAAACGGCUUUGGUUUGUGGUUAUGUGAAGGGAGCGUUGGACCAGAAUGCAUUUUUCUAUUCCUGAGACGGAAGAAUUUAGUGAUGAUAAUGGAGCAAAUUAUAUGGGGUACAACAUUCAUGUCAAUGGAGUGUUCCACUGUACAGUUCGGUACAAGCAACUUCACAAUCUUCAUGAACAGUUGAAGAAAGAAUUUGGUGCCAAUAACUUACCAGUCUUCCCACCGAAGAAACUUCUUCCAUUAUCUUCAUCACAACUGGAAGAAAGAAGGGCACAUUUGGAGAAGUACAUUCAGUCAAUUGGUCAGAAUCCACAAUUGGUCAGUUCUGAUCUUUUUAAUGGUUUCUUGCUCUCAGCACAACAAGAAACAUGCUGUGAAACAAACCAAGAGGUGCCACUAGAAGUGUUCUUAAUGAAUGGAUUUCAAAUAUCUUUGAAAGUGCUCACAACAGAAAGAUCUGAUCAAGUGUUGGAGGUAAAAGUGUGCCAGCAAAUUAACUUGGCAAGUAAAUAUGUGUACUACUUUUCAUUAUUCCUGAUUAAACGAGAGGAUGAUGGAGACAUAACUGUGCUCAGAAAAUUGCAAGAUUUUGAAUCUCCAUACAUAUCACAAAAGUCCAUCCAGGGAGUGCAUCGUGUUGUUCUCAGAAAAAGUUAUUGGGACCCCAGUUAUGAUCUUGAACUCUUGCAAGAUAAAGUGGCCCUAAAUCUCCUGUAUGUGCAGACUGUGGCUGAUGUUGAACGAGGUUGGGUCUUGAUUGGCACUGACACCCAACAACAGCUGGCAUCUUUGCAAUCUCGUGGAGCAAAACGGGAAUACUUAGAGUUAGCACGAACAUUGAAAUAUUAUGGCUUCCUUCAGUUUCGACCGUGUGUGUGUGAUUAUCCACGUCCAGGAUCUCGUGUACUGGUUAGUGCUGGAAAUCGGGAAUUAAAUCUAAGAGUUCGCUUGACGGAUAGCUCUGCUGUACGUGAAGGCAGUUUUAAGGUCACACGAAUGCGAUGUUGGAGAAUAACAACACUCCACAAUAAUGGAGAUGCAAGUGCUUCUGGCUGCAGUAGUAAAACACAACCAAAACCAAAGUUAGAGUUAUCUUUUGAGUAUCUCAUGUCAAAGGAUAGAUUGCAGUGGAUUACAAUUGCCAGUGAGCAAGCUAUUCUCAUGUCAGUAUGCCUUCAAGCAAUGGUAGAUGAACUAUUGCUCAAAAAAACUGGCACUCCUAGGAAACAACCAGGAGAUCGAGCUCGUAAAGGAAGUUGGUCGUAUAUGAAAAGAGAUGGAAGUAGCCAAUUGAUCAGCCACUCUAAAUCUGUAGACAGCAUUUCUUCAAAUAGUGACAGUGCGAACGGUGAAGUCAAAUUUACUCCUAAGACUGAAUCAACAACAUCAAUGAGGAAACUUUCUGAGAAGCUAUCAUCUGUAACUUUAAAGUCUUCCAAUAAACCAACUCCAGAACCAUUUGUUGAGAAUGAUGCAUUUGAAGGAAUUGGGGAUGAUGACCUUUGAAAGUGAUGCAAAUUCUAUUGCUCCUUUUCUGUGGAUGAAGCCUAAUAUUUUAGGAACACCAAAGGAAUAUAAAAUAAUGUUAUUUCAUAAUUAUGUUAAAUAAGGUUAUUCAAGGAACCAUAAAACACAUUUUCUCACUGACUUCCAAGUGAGGUUGAUGGAAUAAAUAACUGCAGAAUGUCAGUGCUUACAUUGGUUCCUGCAUGAGAUUUGGGAGCAAACAACUGAUAUUACAAUUUUGACAGAAUAAUGAUGUGUUUGGUUAGCAGGAUAUGUCAUAGUGCCAAAUGAUACAUUCCCCUGCGAGGAUAUGCUGAAUUUUUUCUGUAUGGAUUCCUCAUGAAGUAAUAAUGUUCAAUACAUUUUUGGAAGCCUUUUUUGUACAACUGCUCAUGAAUUGUAGAUUUGCAUGAUAUUUUGUCAUCCAUUUGGCUUAGUCUUUUUAUUUGUAUUUUGCUGUUGCAUUUAUGAAUAUCUGUGCACGAAUUGGGGACAACUUAUGAAUUAAAGUUUUGAUGAUUUUAUGCAAGUUUAUUAAUACUUAUAUUAUAAAAUAAUUUGCAUGAGGAGUGAACAGCAAUGUUUUAAAAUGACGAGUGAGCUUAAAUUCUGAUGAAAUGUCUUCAGAUAUUACUGUGAUAUUUGCAGCUCUUGACAUUGGACCUUAAAAUAUUUUCUUGAAUAUUUUCUUCAGACAGCUUUGAAACAUAUUCCAUUUAUGUGCCAUUUGUUAUCAUCCCAUUUGAUUUAUUUAUUACUGUGGUUGAGUACCGAACUUAACUACAUAUUACUUAACUGAAGUUCUGCUUAUUCUAAUUAAGUGCUAUUAGAAAUGUUGGGAUAGUCCCUUUGUGGAUAUGAAGACCAAGAUCCUAUGUACUGCUUGAAUUAUUCACCAUAGCCACUGCGAUCAUGCUUCAACUGCAUAAAUUCCAAGAAUGACCUAGUUCUUAUUGUGAAUUGGCCUUCAAGAAUCCGUGGAGUAAAAAAUCUUCAUGCACUGUGAACCUUAUAACAAAAGUCAAUCUCCUUGUGUAGCAACCAAUUGCUCUCUAUUAAUCCUUUCAUGAGCUAAAUCAUGAUAAUAUUUGCAUUUUCUUCAGUUUUCCUUUUCAUUGUUAAAAUGUCCCUCAAUUCGUGCUAAGCUUAAUUUUUACAGAUCCAUGUGUAAAAGAAGAAUCUGAUUUCAUUCCUCUAGAAUAUAAAAAAUAUCUUGUUGACAUAUCUUGUUACUUUAUUAAAGAGCCAUUUACAAGUGCCAAUUUGUCAAUGUGAAUUUAGAAACAUUUUAUUAUGAUGGGGAACAAUUGCACAUCUGUUCUCUCUUUCUGCGCAUUAAAUGCCAUUCAGAAAAAUGUUUCUAGAGUUUAUUGGUUUGCUCAUUACUUUUUAAUGUACUCAACAUAUAAAAUACUCAUUGUUAUUUCUCAAUAAUUUUAUGAGGAACAUGAAGACACAGGGUACUGCUCCUCUCUUUCCUCAGGAAGCUCAGAGAAUGUGAUAAGUUUUCUGUGCCAGAUUUUCAGUAAUUGUUUCAUUUAAAUUUUUGUUGUACUAAAUAAUCCCAUUUUCAGUUCUUUUUCAAUAUUUUGAAAAUGAUUCCAAAACAAAGUUUUAUUCACUUCAAUAAUUUAUUAAUAAUGCUUUUGUUUUCUUACAUAGGGCAGAAGAUACAAAAUGCCUGUAUUUGCUGCUGCGGAAAUAAUUACCUUGGACUUGAAAAUCUGGCAUUCAAUAAAUUUCAUUGACAUUAGACUCGCUUUUCUGUUGGUAAAUCUGGAACAUCCCAUUUCAUAAGAGUGUAUUUGAUGUGGUAAAUUGUGAUAUGUACGAAAUUAACAUAUUUUGAGUAGAAAAUGAGAGAAAUUUUAUAGUUCAUGUCAAGAAAACUUUUGCAUGUAUAUUUAACAUAAUGAAAUAUCAAAUUACAUUAUAACAUUUGUUUGAUUCUGAAGGCUGUUUUGAUACACGUUUCAGUAUUCAAACAUCGGUUCAUUCAAUAUUUUUAAGCAAUAAUUGUACUAAUCUUCAUUAUAAACUUGUUACGUGUUGCAAUUUUUUAAAGUGUUUAAAGGACUUUUGUUUGUAUUUGAGUGUAUUUUUUAUUCUAACUGGAUCAUUGUUUUAUACAUAAUGUAGUGGUAUUUUUUAACACCAGCACAUCAAGAAUUUUAAAUUUCAUCGUUACUUCAUUUUAUUUCCAGAUCCUUCCUUAAUCCAUCAGCAGAGAGGUUACAAGAGCCCUAUAUUAUUGUCUUACAAAUUGAUUUUAGGUUUUCUAAUAGUAAAGCAGGUGAUUAUCUAUUUGUAGUAUGUAAUACCCAAAGCAAAAUUAUUUUUAAGCAAAUUAAUUUUAUCAUUCUCAUGAAAAGGAAUAUUACUAGAAAGAAACAUGGCUUUGUUCUUGACAAACCAGAAGUUAUUAAAACGUAUCAUAGAAAAUUACAUGAUUUUUUUUAAGAAUUAACAUAAAUAUUGAAAGAAAGUUCCCAUUUUCUCAAAAAGAACGUUACACAAUUCUCCUCUUAAGUGACUGAUGCAUCUAACAAAGGCAACAUUGAAAUUUUGGUAUGACAGCAAAAUUAAAAUUGAUUGAAUACUAUAAAAAUGAAAAUUAUUUUAAAAUUCUUGUGGAAUUCGGUUAUCAUUCUACAUGAUUGUUCUGCAAGAAAGCGCACCACAAUUCGAAAUGAGCUUGUAAACAACCGAGGGCCAGUUUCACCAACAGCCGAGUAAAGUUGAG